UAUGCUGCUUAUAAGCAAAAUAUCUAGAUUAUGCCAUAUACCUAUAUACGGUUGUAAAUUUGUACUCAAAAAAGACUGGAAGCUCAUAAAAGAUGAUACUAAUUGGGCUACUUAUAUGGAUGAUCUUAAUAUCAAUUCAGAGACCUUUUAUCACUCAAGCAGCAAAGAUUUACUUAAAGCAGUCAGAGAUAAUCCUGAGAAUGAAUUUUAUGCAAAAUCAAUAGGGCAACUUCUAUAUCAUAUGGGAAAAGAUGGUGUUUAUGAUGAAGUUGUUAUUAAAAAGAUAGAAAAAUGUCUUUACAAAUUUAAAGGUGAAUUCCCAUCAAGAUUAGCAUUUGGAGCUUUAUAUGGAUUUUUAUCCCUUUCUAUUGAUAAUUAAUAUUUACAUGAUUUCUUUGAUGCUGAAUUCCGUAUGCAUCAAAAAUCUAAAAGAAAAUGGUUUGAAGCAAUCGAAUUAGUUGAAGCAUGUGGGAAAAAUAAAAAUUUGUCUAGAAAAUAUCUAUUUGAUUUGAUGAAAUCACAAUGUCAUAGUAUUCUUGUUAAAGAAUAUAAAAAAAGUCUAAAAUAUCAACCUGCCUAAUAAUUUAGAUUAUUGAAUGCAUGUAUAAGUGCUAAGUAUUUUGAACCUGAUUUGUUUGAUCCUCUUGUAAAAGAUAUAGUUAGAUAAUAAAAAAUAUCUAGAUUACCAGAUUUAAUUAAAUUGUUAAAUAUCCUAACUAAACUUCAAACUGAAGGAGAUUUCCCAAGAUCAAUAUAAACAGAAAUUGAUCAUCUUAUUAAUAGAUUAAAAACAACACCUAAAUUUGCAUGGUUAUACAAUGCAGAUGAAAGACGUUAUAGAACAAUGGAAGAAUUAAAAGCUGUCAGAGAGAAUGCACCUUAAUAAUUUAUAGGAAAUCAUCUUUAUUAACCAGAAAUGUUAGAAUAAUAUUUGAAAUAAAAAGCUUUAGGAAAUGAUGAAGCAGUUUAAAGAGAAAAGAGAUUAAUUCAAGAGAAAUAAUUAGAUGAUUUAUUGUAUGAUGAAUUCAUGCUUAAUAAAGUUGAAUAAUAGAGAAAUAGAGAAUAACUAAAGAAAGAAUAGAGAAAAGGUAUGAAGGAUGAAGAUGGUGAAGAUGAAGAUGAAGAAAUUGAUAAAGAAUUAACUGAAGAAGAAAAGAAGGAUUGUAAUUAAUUAAUAUAUAAAUUAUUAUAGUACUUACUGAUUUUUAGAAGAAACACUUUGAAUCUUUAGAUAUGGAAACUGUUAAUCCAGAGGAUCUUCCUAAAGAAUGGUUUAUGGAUAAUAGUUAAUCAUAAGAUAAUGAAUUUGAUGAAAUGGAUGAAAGAAUUCAGUAGGCUGCUCAAGAAAAAUCUCANUCAUAUGGGAAAAGAUGGUGUUUAUGAUGAAGUUGUAAUUAAAAAGAUAGAAAAAUGUCUUUACAAAUUUAAAGGUGAAUUCCCAUCAAGAUUAGCAUUUGGAGCUUUAUAUGGAUUUUUAUCCCUUUCUAUUGAUAAUUAAUAUUUACAUGAUUUCUUUGAUGCUGAAUUCCGUAUGCAUCAAAAAUCUAAAAGAAAAUGGUUUGAAGCAAUCGAAUUAGUUGAAGCAUGUGGGAAAAAUAAAAAUUUGUCUAGAAAAUAUCUAUUUGAUUUGAUGAAAUCACAAUGUCAUAGUAUUCUUGUUAAAGAAUAUAAAAAAAGUCUAAAAUAUCAACCUGCCUAAUAAUUUAGAUUAUUGAAUGCAUGUAUAAGUGCUAAGUAUUUUGAACCUGAUUUGUUUGAUCCUCUUGUAAAAGAUAUAGUUAGAUAAUAAAAAAUAUCUAGAUUACCAGAUUUAAUUAAAUUGUUAAAUAUCCUAACUAAACUUCAAACUGAAGGAGAUUUCCCAAGAUCAAUAUAAACAGAAAUUGAUCAUCUUAUUAAUAGAUUAAAAACAACACCUAAAUUUGCAUGGUUAUACAAUGCAGAUGAAAGACGUUAUAGAACAAUGGAAGAAUUAAAAGCUGUCAGAGAGAAUGCACCUUAAUAAUUUAUAGGAAAUCAUCUUUAUUAACCAGAAAUGUUAGAAUAAUAUUUGAAAUAAAAAGCUUUAGGAAAUGAUGAAGCAGUUUAAAGAGAAAAGAGAUUAAUUCAAGAGAAAUAAUUAGAUGAUUUAUUGUAUGAUGAAUUCAUGCUUAAUAAAGUUGAAUAAUAGAGAAAUAGAGAAUAACUAAAGAAAGAAUAGAGAAAAGGUAUGAAGGAUGAAGAUGGCGAAGAUGAAGAUGAAGAAAUUGAUAAAGAAUUAACUGAAGAAGAAAAGAAGGAUUGUAAUUAAUUAAUAAAUAAAUUAUUAUAGUACUUACUGAUUUUUAGAAGAAACACUUUGAAUCUUUAGAUAUGGAAACUGUUAAUCCAGAGGAUCUUCCUAAAGAAUGGUUUAUGGAUAAUAGUUAAUCAUAAGAUAAUGAAUUUGAUGAAAUGGAUGAAAGAAUUCAGUAGGCUGCUCAAGAAAAAUCUCAAUAAGCUAAAAAUAAAGAGUUUAAGAAAAGAAAGGGAAGAAGUGGCAAAGGAGAUAUUUUUGAUGCAAUAGAGUGA